AUAACUGAAGUUGUUUGCGGUCCAGACUGUCUAGGGGGUGGAACGUACAUCUCUGUGUGUAACUGCUCCCAUGCUGCAAGAAUAAAAGCUAAAAAGACAUCGGUGGUCUCAGGCUGAUUAUUUCAAGAAGAUGUCUCUUACAAGAACCCUUGAAGGACCAUCUUUCUUAAGAGUGUGGGGACAAUGACUUUAGUGAAUUCACAGACUUUUAACGUGUCAGAUGCCCUUCAUGACUGUGGACCGAAAAUGUUUCCAAAGCUCAUUUUCACCACCUUCUCCUUCUUCUUCUUCCUUUCCCUCAUCGCUCAGAUGAGCAUUCAAGCUUUUAAAGUCAUUUCUUUAUCCUCUAAUACCCACCACAACAUCACAAGGGCAGCUGUUUUGAAGAAAUCAGCAGAGGCCUGCAGGACCCACGUUCUGAAACAGGGUGGAAACUUCAUCCAGCCAAACCCGCUGACUGCAGAGUCUCUGGCCAAAGCUUGCCUCUCUCCUGCCUCAGCCUCCAUGCUAAAGUCUGCCAUCAGGGUUGUCAGCAUAAGGAACGCCUGGGUGGAUGGCAAGCAUGUGCUCAAUGCAGAGUACCAUUUCGAUGAUGAGAGUUUCGAGCAAGCGCGCAACCUGAUCACGCAGGGAGUCUCUCUGGUGAAGGCCAGCCUCAAACUGAAGAACUACGAGUACGCAAGACAGCGGCUGGGCGAGACCCUGCACACCUUACAGGAUUUCUACAGUCACAGUAACUGGAUUGAACUGGGAAACAGGUCUCCGUACUCCACCCUCAUCAAGCCAAGUCUGCCUUUUGAAAACCUUGCAGACGUGAACACCCCGACGUGCAGCAGCUGUGGUGGCGACUGCACGGGCAACAUUUUGGACACGAUCAUCACCCAGAAGAAACUGACUUCUGGAUAUUUCAGCCUGACAAGCCCUUCCAAACCCAAAGGGAAGUGCAGCCAUGGAGGAUUUUUUGAUUUGACGAGUCGAGUGGAGCCCAAAGGUGGCAUCAACAAGGAUGGCGCCACGACUGCUCAUGGCAGCCUCCACUUUGUGGCAGCAGAUGUGGCUACAGCAGCCACCGGGGACCUCCUGCAGGACAUCAGAGAAGAAGCAGGAGACGUUGAAUUCCUCAGACUGAUGGGAAUCUCUAAGUCGUCCUCAGUCCUCUGUUUCGUGGUGGACACCUCAGUCACUAUGACAGAGGAAAUCGCUGAGGUCAAACAUAUCACUUCCUUCAUCAUCGACAGUAGGCGGGGCACCGCGGACGAACCUUCGGCCUACGUCCUCGUCCCCUUCAGCAACUCAGGUUUCGGACCAGUGGAUAAAACAACAGACCCUGAUGUGUUCAAAGCUAAAGUCAAUGCUCUUUCUGCUGGUGGUAAAGGAGCAGAUGAUCUUGAAAUGAGUCUCUCUGGACUUUGGCUCGCUCUUGCAGCUGCUCCUGUGGCGUCUGAGAUCUUUCUUUUCACUGACGGAGAACCCAAAGACCCUGAGAUGAAAAGUACAGUUCUGGCACUGAUCGAGAGCACAAAGUCCACGGUGAAUUUUGUGCUGACCAAUCCUCUGACCAACAGGACUCGCAGCCUCUCUAACCCUGUAAACCAGGUGUACGAGGAUUUAGCGGUGGCCUCAGGUGGACUGGCCAUCGAGGUCCCCAAUCAACUGCUAUCUAACACUACUAGCGCCAUCAAUGACACCUCCGUCUCUUCUCUGGUGACCAUAUUUCAGGCAGUGAGGGACCCGGGGACAGCAGAACAUUUCUCCUUUGCAGUGGACUCCUCUGUGAAAAACCUGACGUUCUACAUAACAGGAAAUUCAACACAGUUCACCAUCACUGCUCCCUCUGGUCAGUCUCAGUCGAGUGGUCAGCCAGAUGGUUCUCUGGCUGUGAUUCAGAGUGUGGUGAACUUCCACAUGGUGCAAAUCAAAAACUCCAGCCAACCAGGAGAGUGGCUCAUCUACAUGAACUCAACUCAGCCCUACACACUCAAAGUCACCGGUAAAAGUUCAAUAAACUUCCAGUUUGACUUUGUGGAGGUUUAUCAGACCCCUCACCCCGGCUACACCGUGUUCAAAAGCAGACCUCGUGCCAAUGGAAACGUGACUCUACUGCUGUCUAUACUUGGCUCGGGGUCGGAGGUGCCUACAACAGUGCGCCUGGUUGAAGCCUCAGGCUCCGGGUUCUACACAGGCCUUCUGGAGGACGUGGGGAACGGAGACUAUCUGGUGACGGUGACCACAGUGCCAAAGGGGGAGUUUUUUGUACGCGUCAAUGGUCAGAUCAACUCCUCCUCCACCUCAGACUAUAAUGUUUUUCAGAGACAGUCGUCCACCCGGCACAGAGCUUCCAACAUCAGUGUCACUGCUGUGAGAAAUGAAACAUGGUUUCCAGGGCAGCUGUUCAGACUCCCUUUCACCGUGACAACAAACAACAGCUACAGUAACUACAUCGUCACUGCCCGGAACAGCGGUCAGUACAACAUGACAUUCCCCAGCUCCCUGACAACAGGUAGCGACAGCACGGCUAACGGCGUGGUGGUGCUCAGCGCCCCGGAUAACACUACAGACGGCACAGAGGUCAUCCUCACCAUCGAGGUGACACAGUCGGGGACAAACGACACCAACUACUCUUUCCUGAGGCUUGCCGUGUCCAGGGCAGUGGCGCCCCCUGCUGGCCUGGCUCUCAGUCUGUGGCUCAGUGCAGUAACUCUCCUCAUCAGUCUCGUCAUCAAUAAGUAGAAAGAAACGUAACGUGAAUGUGGGUUUAUAUGUGGAGGUGUAUUUUUUGGGGAGGGGGGCACACUGAUACAUUAAAUAAGAGUGCAGUUUCUAAAUGACGUCUGGGUGGUGGGUCAGGUGAGUGGUCAGUGUUUUUGUAUGUAUGUAAGAAUCAUGUCAUAUAGAGAAGGAAAGUGGUCAGAGUGCCCCCUGCUGUUGGCUUUCAAAACAUGAAUGAAUGAUAAUGGAAGUGAUGCACAUUACAGGUUGUACAUAAUGUGCCAUGUUGUCCCCAUAUUUAGUUAUAUCUGACAAAAUUAUGAUCUACUGUAAAUUAAGAAUUUGAAUAAAGACAAAUACAGUUUUUUGUGAGUGUUUUCCCAAAAUGGACUACAAAGUCUUGGGUUUUGAAGUUCAGUUGUAUUUUAGUCUCUGCACUUGUAUUGGUCAGCCUAUACAUGAUCUGUAGAUACUUCUGCGCUGAUUUCACACUGUUGUGUAUCUGCACUCUGUAAAGUCCCAUGUAAUGUGCUGCUGUUGUGUGUUUCACUUUGGGGCUGUUAGUUAUGCUGAUGAAUGACAAGAACCACUUGAUAUAAUAAAAGAACAAGAAUAAUUAUCUUUUAGUGCAGUGAGAUCAUUUAAGUUGGUACCGUCAUGUUAAAAAUUCAUGGAAG